AUGACCACCGUAGAACCAACAACCACAGUUGAACCAACAACCAGUGUGGAACAAACUACUAAAGCUGAACGCACAACAACUCUUGAGCCAGCCACCACUGUGGAACCAACUACCACAGUUGAGCCAUCAACCACUGUGGAACCAACCACCACAGUUGAACCGACCACAACUCUUAAGCCAACAUCCACAGUUGAACCGACUACUACAGUUGAACCAACAACUACAGCUGAGCAAACUACAAUGCUGGAGCUUACAACCGAAGUGGAACCAACAACAGUGGAACCAACAACCACUCAAGAGCCAACUACUACAGCUGAACCAACCACAACUCUUGAACCGACAACUUUAGCAGAAGUAACUACUACAGCUGUCGAUACAACCUCUCUGGAACCAACAACUACAGCUGAACCAACUACGACAGUGCAGCAAACAACUUCUCAAGCAAUGACAACGGUUGAGACCUUUACUCCUGCUGAAAAUGAGACGUCUUUUGAGGCUUCUUUCAGCCUUACGCAAAACUUUACUGAAGAUCUUUUGAAUUCAUCAUCUGAUGCAUACGUGCAACUUGAACAGGAGUCCCUUGAUAUGCUGUAUGCUUCAUACAAUGAGUCUGACCUGGCAGAAGACGUGGAAGAAAUAACAAUCCUUGGAUUCGAGGAAGGGAGUAUUAGAAUUAGAUUCCGGCUUCUUCUGAGGAGGCUUAUUUCUGCCGCAGAAUCAUCAACCAUACAAGGAUCAAUUGGUACUGGGUUAGUGAAUUACCUUAAUAACAACCCACGAAUUGCUGCAAGAUUCAAUGUUGAUACCAGCUCUAUAACUGUUACAGAAGUAGAGUCAUGUCCAUACGUUGUGUUCAGUUCUGGCAACUGCCCUGAAAACACUAUCCUAACGUUCUAUGGGAGAAAACAGCGUUUUUGCAGGAGCCAGUGUGAUGCAUUACCAGACUGUAAAGGAUAUUGGUUCAAAGUCACAAAUGGCAAGCGUCAAUGUUCACUGAAGAGUUACAUUUGCAGCAAUCCAACAGGAUAUGGGAAGAUGUGGAAGAAAGACUGUCCGACAGAGAGCACGACAAAAGUAGAACAGACCACUACACCUCAACCAACCACAACUAGAGUGGCAACACCAACAGUAGAGCUAACAACGACAGUGCCAUCAACUACACUUGCCGAACCAACCACACCUGUAGAAUUGACUACAACAGUGGAACCUAUUACGACAGUGAAACUAACCACAACGAUGGACCCUACAACAACAAUGGAACAAACUACUACAGCUAAACCAACCACAACUCUUGAGACAACAACCACCGUAGAACCAACAACAACAGUUGAACCAACAACCACUGUGGAACCAACCACCACAGAAUUAACAACCACUGCCGAGUCAACAACAACAGUCGAACCAACGACUUCAGUAGAACCAACUACCACUGUAGAACAAACAACAACAGUUGAACCAACAACCAUUGUGGAACAAACUACUACAGCUGAACCAACAACAACUCUUCAGCCAGCCACCACAUUGGAACUGACUACCACAGUUGAACCAACAACCACUGUGGAACCAAUCACCACAGUUGAACCAACAACAAGUUCUGAGCCAACAUCAACAAAUGAAUUGACCACUACAGCAGAAUUAACAACCACUUUGGAGCAAACUUCCACUGCUGAACCAACCACAACUCUUCAACCAACAACUACAUUGGAACCAACGACCACAUUGAACCAACAACUACAUCUGAACCAACUACAACGCGGGAGCCUACAACAACACUGUUCUGAGCCAACAUCAACAAAUGACUUGACUACUACAGCAGAAUUAACAACCACUGCAGAGCAAACUUCCACUGCUGAACCAACCACAACUCUUCGACCAACAACUACAUUGGAACCAACGACCACAGAUCCAACUACUACUGCUGAACAAACAACACCACUUAAGCCAACAACCACAGUCGAACCAACAACUUCAGUAGAACAAACUACGACCGUAGAACCAACAACCACAGUUGAACCAACAACCACUGUGGAACAAACUACUACAACUGAAACCACAACAACUCUUGAGCCAACCGCCACUGUGGAACCAACUACCACUGUUGAACCAAGAACCACUGUAGAACCAACGACCACAGUUGAACCAACAACAACUUUUGAGCCAACAUCAACAAAUGAACCGACUACCACAGCAGAUUUAACAACCACUGCCGAGCCAACAACAACAGUCGAACCAACGAUCUCAGUAGAACCAACUACCACUGUAGAACAAACAACAACAGUUGAACCAACAACCACUGUGGAACAAACUACUACAGCUGAACGCACAACAACUCUUGAGCCAGCCACCACUUUGGAACCAACUACCACAGUUGAACCAACAACCACUGUGGAACCAACCACCACAGUUGAACCAACAACAAUUGAACCAACAACUACAUCUGAACCAACUACAACGCGGGAGCCUACAACCACACUGGUACCAACCAUUACAGCGGAACCUACAACCACAACUCAGGAUCCAACUACUACUGCUGAACAUACAACACCUCUUAAGCCAAUAACCACAGUCGAACCAACAACUUCAGUGGAACCAACUACGACCGUAGAACCAACAACCACAGUUGAACCAACAACCAUCGUUGAAGAAACUACUACAGCUGAACCCACAACUACAUCUGAACCAACUACAACGCUGGAGCCUACAACUACCGUGGAACCAACUUCAACACCGGAACCAACCACAACUCUUGAACCAACAACUACACUGGAACCAACGACCACAGUUGAAACAUCAUCCACAGUUGACCCGACUUCUACAAUUGAACCGACUACUACAGUUGAACCAACAACUACAGCUGAGCAAACUACAAUGCUGGAGCCUACAACCGAAGUGGAACCAACAACAGCGGAACCAACAACCACUCAAGAGCCAACUACUACAGCUGAACCAACCACAACUCUUGAACCGACAACUUUAGCAGAAGUAACUACUACAGCUGUCGAUACAACCUCUCUGGAACCAACAACUACAGCUGAACCAACUACGACAGUGCAGCAAACAACUUCUCAAGCAAUGACAACGGUUGAGACCUUUACUCCUGCUGAAAAUGAGACGUCUUUUGAGGCUUCUUUCAGCCUUACGCAAAACUUUACUGAAGAUCUUUUUAAUUCAUCAUCUGAUGCAUACGUGCAACUUGAACAGGAGUCCCUAGAUAUGUUGUAUGCUUCAUACAAUGAGUCUGACCUGGCAGAAGACGUGGAAGAAAUAACAAUCCUUGGAUUCGAGGAAGGGAGUAUUAGAAUUAGAUUCCGGCUUCUUCUGAGGAGGCUUAUUUCUGCCGCAGAAUCAUCAACCAUACAAGGAUCAAUUGGUACUGGGUUAGUGAAUUACCUUAAUAACAACCCACGAAUUGCUGCAAGAUUCAAUGUUGAUACCAGCUCUAUAACUGUUACAGAAGUAGAGUCAUGUCCAUACGUUGUGUUCAGUUCUGGCAACUGCCCUGAAAACACUAUCCUAACGUUCUAUGGGAGAAAACAGCGUUUUUGCAGGAGCCAGUGUGAUGCAUUACCAGACUGUAAAGGAUAUUGGUUCAAAGUCACAAAUGGCAAGCGUCAAUGUUCACUGAAGAGUUACAUUUGCAGCAAUCCAACAGGAUAUGGGAAGAUGUGGAAGAAAGACUGUCCGACAGAGAGCACGACAAAAGUAGAACAGACCACUACACCUCAACCAACCACAACUAGAGUGGCAACACCAACAGUAGAGCUAACAACUACAGUGCCAUCAACUACACUUGCCGAACCAACCACACCUGUAGAAUUGCCUACAACAAUGGAACCAAUUACGACAGUGAAACUAACCACAACGAUGGAACCUACAACAACAAUGGAACAAACAACUACAGCUAAACCAACCACAACUCUUGAGACAACAACCACCACAUCCACAGUUGAACUGACUUCUACAGUUGAACCA